AUGAAGUCUAUUCAGUUCAUAUGGAAAAAGGCGCAGGAGUUGGAAAGGGACCAUUUGCUAGUUUCCUUCCUGUGCACCCUGUACAUCGUGGAGGAGCUCAACGACUACGUAAAGAGCAAUAGCACCGAUAUAGAGGCAAAAAAUGUCUUCCUGCAAUGUCUAGACAAGGCUGAACAUAUCCGCUUAUCUUUGGACGUAGUGGACUACACGAAGUUAGCCGAUUUUUGCAAAAAGUUAUUCCUAGCGGCUGACCGGCACGACAGACAAGCAGAAAUAACAAAAAAAACGCUGCAGAUGUUUUUCACGUCUCAAAUUUUUUACGAAAUUUUAAAUCACUUCCAAAAAUUAGACGACGAUGAGAAGAAAAAAUAUUUGUAUGCCAAGUACAAAACGGUUUAUUUGAAGAAAUGCUUUGACAACGGCAUAAAGCCCGAGCCCGGUUCUCCGCGGAACGAGGGGGUCGAGACACCUUCGCCAGAGGCCUACAAAGCGCAACAGAACGGAGUUGAUUUUGCCGCGAGCUUGAAGCAUGCGCAGUAUGCCGUUAAUGCCCUUCUGUUUGAGGACCUCGACACGGCUAAGCGGGAAUUGCGCCUAGCCCUUUCACACCUGGAGCAGUGA